CCUGCUGGGAAGGGGAGGCGGAGCCCCUCAGCGCCCGCCCGCCGCCCAUGGCCGCCGCAGCACGCCGGGGUCUGGCUGCCCUGCAGCUCGGUGUCAGGCUGCGGCUCCGCCUGGGACCGCCGCCCGCACGCAGCCUCCCCGCCACAGCCACCGCCACAGCCACCGCCCUGGGGCUGGGCGGCCUCAGAGCUCCGGCUCCGCUCUGCCCUGCCCUCCGCAGAUACAGCCAGAUUACAGAUGCUCCGUCCCAGGAAGGUCACCUCUCAGAGCAGGAAUCAGAGUCAUCCAAGGCAGAAAAUGACAACAUCUUUCUCAUCAGGGCACAAGGAUUCCCCUUCUCAUGCACCGAGGAAGAUGUGCUCAGCUUUUUUGAUAGCUGUAGAAUUCGGAAUGGUGAGAACGGGGUCCACUUCCUCUUGAACAGGGAUGGGAGGCGCCGGGGGGAUGCCCUGAUCGAGCUGGAGUCCAAAGCUGAUGUCCAGAGAGCCUUGGAAAAGAACCUGAGGUACAUGGGCCCACGCUAUGUCAAAGUUUUUGAAGUGCAUGACAGUGAUGUGGCAGGCUUGCUGCAGACCCUGAGGGAUGAGUCUCAGGCCAUUAAUGAUGGAGUUGUGCUGCUCAGGGGCCUUCCCUUCAGCUCCACCAGGGAGGACAUUGAAGAUUUUUUUACAGGUUUGAAAGUCACUGACAUAGCUUUCAUUUACCGGGGAGAAAGAAGAACAGGAGAAGCUUUUGUGCAGUUUGCAGCCCCUGAGAUGGCAGCUAAAGCCCUGCUACGACACAAGGAGUACAUGGGCAGUAGGUACAUCGAGGUGUAUGUGAGCAGGAGGCACCACAUGCAGAAGCACAUGCUGUGUGACAGGCACCUGCCACCCUUCUCCAGGCUGAGAAGAGAACAGGAACCUGCCCCCGAGGAAAGAGGGCUGAGCCACACAGGAGGCAGCCUGGCUGAAAGAGAAGGCAGGUUGUGCAGGGAAGGAACAGAAACCUCCAGGCAGGUUUUAGAAUCUGAGAACAUCUCAUCACCUCCACACUUUGUCCACAUGAGGGGUUUCCCUACCCAAGCUAGUGCCCAAGACAUAAUAGAUUUUUUUUCUCCGCUGAAGCCCACGAGGAUCAUGAUGGAAUACAACUCCCAUGGAGAUGCCACAGGAGCAGCAGAUGUGCACUUCAGCAGCAGGGAGGAGGCAGUGGCUGCCAUGGCUAAGGAGGGCUCACAGCUCCAGUGCAGUGCCAUCCACUUAUCCCUGAAUGAACACCCAGAGGUGAAACAGGACUGCUAGGGACAGUGGCACGGUCUCAGCUUUGACUCUUGAGUCUCUCUCUCUGCCAUUUACAAGAGAAAAACUGGGGCUGUGAUGGGUGUGAGCAGGAAGAAAGUGUCCCCCCUGCAGGGGUGUGGCAGCUCCUGUGACACCAGCUCACAGCCCUCCCGCUGCUGCAGGCUGCUCAGCUCUGCAAACAUCAGAGCAGUUUCUGACCUCUGCAGAACUGAACAUCCCCAAGCCCCUCUGUGGGUACUGGGAAUGUCUCACCUGCUCAAGCUCUUUGCAUCAUCUCAACUAUUUUUUUUUGUUGGUGAGAUCUUUUAGUACUGCUGUGGUGUGGUGUUCUGUUGUUGGAGA